AGAAUGGCCCGCUUUGGAGACGAUCCACCAGCCCGCUAUGGAGGGGGUAGUCCAGCUGGGGCAGGGCGAGGGGCAAGCCGGCAGGGAGGCCCCCCGGGCGGCCAGAGGAUGUUCAAGCAAUCGAACAUGGCACAAAGAGCCAGGACAAUGGCCAUUUAUAACCCAAUCCCCGUCAAACAGAACUGUUUCACAGUCAACCGGUCCCUUUUCAUCUUCAGUGAAGACAAUAUCAUACGGAAAUACGCAAAGAGAAUAAACGAAUGGCCUCCAUUUGAAUACAUGAUCCUCGCCACCAUCAUAGCCAACUGCAUUGUCCUGGCUCUGGAGCAGCACCUACCGUCCAAUGACAAGACCCCUAUGUCCGAGAGGCUGGAUGACACAGAGCCCUACUUCAUUGGAAUAUUUUGUUUUGAAGCCGGCAUAAAGAUCAUCGCCCUUGGCUUCAGUUUGCACAAAGGCUCCUACCUCCGGAACGGUUGGAACGUGAUGGAUUUCGUGGUGGUCCUGACUGGGAUACUGGCCACUGUGGGCGGUGGAGGGGACUUCGACCUGCGAACGCUGAGGGCAGUGCGCGUGCUGCGGCCGCUGAAACUGGUGUCUGGAAUUCCCAGUCUGCAGGUGGUGUUGAAGUCCAUAAUGAAAGCCAUGGUCCCUCUGCUGCAGAUCGGCCUCCUGCUCUUCUUCGCCAUUGUCAUGUUCGCCAUCAUCGGUGUGGAAUUCUACAUGGGCAAAUUCCACUACACCUGCUUCAGGUCCAACUCGGAUGACCGUGUGGCAGAUUUCCCCUGCGGUCACGACGCGCCGGCACGGACCUGCUCCAAUGGCACCGAAUGCAGGGAGUACUGGAUUGGGCCGAACUACGGCAUCACCAACUUCGACAACAUCCUGUUUGCCGUGCUGACCGUCUUCCAGUGCAUCACCAUGGAGGGCUGGGUGGACAUACUUUACAAUGCCAACGAUGCCUCAGGGAACACCUGGAACUGGUUGUACUUCAUCCCCCUCAUCAUCAUCGGAUCCUUCUUCAUGUUGAACUUGGUUUUGGGAGUCCUGUCCGGGGAGUUUGCUAAGGAGCGUGAGCGCGUGGAGAAGAGGCAGGAGUUCCUGAAGCUGAGGAGACAGCAGCAGAUUGAAAGAGAGCUGACCGGGUACCUGGAGUGGAUUUGCAAGGCAGAGGAGGUGAUGCUGGCGGAGGAGGACAGGAACGCGGAGGAGAAAUCCCCGCUGGAUGGCGCGUGGUACAAGAGGAAACAGAACAACUCCGUGUUGAAAAGGGCUAAAGUCAAAAAGAGCAAGAAUGACCUCAUCAACGCCGAGGAGGGCGAGGACCACUUCACUGACAUCUCUUCAGUUGCUCCCCCAGGGUCCCCCUUCGCCCGAGCCAGCCUGAAGAGCAGCAAGAACGACAGCUCCUCCUACUUCCGGCGCAAGGAGAAGAGGGUGCGCUUCUUCAUCCGCCGCAUGGUCAAGUCCCAGGGCUUCUACUGGACCGUGCUGUGUCUGGUGGGCCUCAACACGCUGUGUGUGGCCAUCGUGCACUACGACCAGCCCAAGUGGCUCACCUAUGCACUCUACUUGGCAGAGUUUGUGUUCCUGGGCCUCUUCCUGACGGAGAUGACCCUGAAGAUGUAUGGGCUGGGCCCCCGGAACUACUUCCACUCCUCCUUCAACUGUUUCGACUUUGGGGUCAUCGUGGGCAGUAUUUUCGAGGUUAUUUGGGCAGCCGUCAAACCCGGAGCCUCCUUCGGCAUCAGCGUUUUGAGAGCGCUCCGCCUUCUCAGGAUCUUUAAAGUCACAAAGUACUGGAACUCUCUGAGGAACCUGGUUGUGUCCUUGCUCAAUUCCAUGAAGUCCAUCAUCAGCCUCCUCUUCCUCCUCUUCCUCUUCAUCGUAGUGUUUGCUCUGCUGGGCAUGCAGCUCUUCGGAGGACAGUUUAAUUUUGAUGAGGAGACCCCAACGACAAACUUUGACACCUUCCCUGCUGCCAUUCUUACAGUUUUUCAGAUUUUAACAGGUGAAGACUGGAAUGCAGUGAUGUAUCAUGGGAUUGUAUCACAGGGAGGAGUCCAGGGUGGGAUGUUCUCCUCCAUCUACUUCAUCGUCCUCACCCUGUUUGGAAACUACACUCUCCUCAAUGUCUUCUUGGCCAUUGCUGUCGAUAACCUUGCGAAUGCACAGGAACUCACGAAGGAUGAAGAAGAGCAAGAGGCCUCGAUCAGUAAAAAGCUUGCCCUUCAGAAAGCCAAGGAGGUGAAGGAGGUUAGCCCUAUGUCAGCAGCUAACAUUUCUAUUGCAGCUUUUGUAAAGCAAAAUCGAGGUGCUCUAUCUCGCAGCUCGUCCAUCUGCAGCGUAAAUUCACCUAAAGAGCAGCAGAAGUCGCUGAAGAUGAUGUCGGUGUGGGAGCAGCGGACCACCCAGCUUCGGAGGCACAACCUGCUGACGAGCAGCGAGGCGCUGUACAGCGAGCUGGACCCCGAAGACCGGCUGCACCUGACCUCCGCCCUGCGCCUACGGCCCAACAUGAAGACCCACCUGGACCGGCCCCUGGUGGUGGAGCCCUGCGAGUCCAACGGGGACCGGCACAGGCCUGCCGAGGGCGACCUUUCGGUCACCCCGGAGGAGGGCGACGGCUCGGGAGAGCCCCCGGCCCCGCCCACGCACCCGAGGAAGCACCACCGCCACCGGGACCGGCACUCCGGCGAGGAGGCGGAGAACGGCGAGGGCCGGCACCACGUCCACCACAGCCGAAGCAAGGAGCACGAGGGCUCGCGGGGGAAGGCUGAGCGCAGCCGCAGCCGGGAGGGCGGCAGGAGGCACCACCACCAGAGCUCCGUGGACGAGGGUGGGGGCGGCGGAGGGGGAGGGGGAGGGAGCGGGGCUGAGAAGGAGCACCACGCCCACCGACACCACAGCCACCGGCAGCCCAAGGAAGGAAACGGGGUGGUCAACAACGGGGCCAAGAAUGAACGCCGAGGACGGCACAAGGACGGCUCGCGCUCCGCUAACCGGGAGGGCGAGAAGGUAACCGGGUGCACCAAGGGGGAGAACGGAGGCAAUGGAGAACGCAGGAGGCACCGCCCCCGAAGCACAAAGCCCCAGUCGGGCACUGAGGAGGAGCGGCGAGAGAAUGGAGAGAGAGCAGACGGGAGGGGCCAUGUGCACCAUAGGCAUACGGACACGGAGGGGGAACCUCAGGCCAUGACUCCGGUGCAGCCCCCCGCGGGUCAGCAGUGGCCCAAACCGGAGGACUCGGACAACCAGAGGAACGUGACGCGGACCAGCCAGCUGGGCAUUAGCACCAACACCAUCCACAUCCCAGUGACCAUCACUGCCCCGCCCGAGGACACCACCAUGAUUCCGAUGAACAACAUUGACUGUGAGACGCUGCCCAUGAACGAGGAGAAGAAGAACCUGGACGACUUGGCCCAGAGUGGACCCAGACCGAUCCUACCUUACAGCUCCAUGUUUGUGUUUGGCCAAACUAAUCCGGUGAGGCGUCUCUGUCACUACAUGGUGAGCCUGCGCUACUUUGAAAUGUGCAUCCUGGUGGUGAUAGCCAUGAGCAGCAUUGCGCUGGCGGCUGAAGACCCUGUCCAGGCCAACGCCCCGCGCAAUAACGUGCUCAAGUACUUGGAUUAUGUCUUCACGGGCGUUUUCACCUUCGAGAUGGUGAUUAAGAUGGUGGAUCUGGGCCUACUGCUCCACCCUGGUGCCUACUUCAGAGACCUCUGGAAUAUUCUUGACUUCAUCGUGGUUAGUGGAGCGCUGGUGGCAUUUGCCUUUUCGAGCUUCAUGGGAUCGCAACAAAACGUCACAAGAGGGACCAAAGGCAAGGAUAUCAGCACCAUCAAGUCCCUGAGAGUACUGCGUGUCCUGCGUCCUCUGAAAACCAUAAAGCGGCUGCCAAAACUCAAGGCUGUGUUUGACUGUGUGGUGAACUCCCUGAAGAACGUGCUCAACAUCCUCAUUGUCUACAUCCUCUUCAUGUUCAUCUUUGCCGUCAUCGCUGUCCAGCUUUUCAAGGGCAAGUUCUUCUACUGCACCGAUGAGUCCAAGGGGCUAGAGAAGGACUGCAGAGGUCAGUUCCUGGACUACGAUACGGAUGAAGUGACCGCCCAGCCGCGCGAGUGGAAGAAAUAUGAGUUUCACUAUGACAAUGUGCUUUGGGCUUUCCUCACCCUCUUCACCGUAUCCACUGGGGAGGGCUGGCCCACGGUACUGAAGCAUUCCGUGGAUGCGACAUUCGAGGACCAGGGACCCAGCCCUGGGUUCCGCAUUGAGAUGUCCAUCUUCUACGUGGUCUACUUUGUUGUCUUCCCAUUCUUCUUCGUCAAUAUCUUUGUGGCCCUCAUCAUCAUCACUUUCCAGGAGCAGGGCGACAAGGCUUUGUCUGAAUGCAGCCUGGAGAAGAAUGAGAGAGCGUGUAUCGACUUUGCCAUCAACGCUAAGCCCCUGACCCGCUACAUGCCCAAGAACCGUCAGUCCUUCCAGUACCGGAUGUGGAAGUUUGUGGUGUCUCCGCCCUUCGAGUACUCCAUCUUGACCAUGAUCGCUCUCAACACCGUGGUGCUGAUGAUGAAGUUUCAUGGAGCCCCACCAUUCUAUGAGGCCAUGCUCAAGUACCUGAACAUCGUUUUCACCGCCCUCUUCUCCCUGGAGUGUGUGCUCAAGAUUAUCGCUUUUGGUCCACUCAAUUACCUGAAGGACGCCUGGAACUGGUUUGACUUUGUGACCGUACUGGGAAGCAUAACCGACAUCGUGGUCACAGAGAUUAAUACGAACAAACUGAUCAAUCUGAGUUUCCUGCGGCUGUUCCGGGCAGCGCGUCUCAUCAAGCUCCUGAGGCAGGGCUACACCAUCCGAAUCCUGCUCUGGACCUUCGUCCAGUCCUUCAAGGCCCUGCCUUAUGUGUGCCUGCUCAUCGCCAUGCUUUUCUUCAUCUACGCCAUCAUCGGCAUGCAAGUGUUUGGUAAUAUUGAACUCAAUGAGGAUACGGGAAUCAAUCACCAUAACAACUUCCAAACCUUCCUUCAGGCUCUGAUGCUGCUGUUCAGGAGUGCCACGGGGGAGGCCUGGCAUGAGAUAAUGCUGUCGUGUCUGAGUAAGCGCCGUUGUGACGAGCGGUCAGGCGCCAUUGGCGAGGAGUGCGGCAACGACUUUGCCUAUUUCUACUUCGUCUCCUUCAUCUUCCUCUGCUCCUUUCUGAUGCUGAAUCUCUUUGUGGCUGUCAUUAUGGAUAACUUUGAGUACCUGACCCGGGACUCCUCAAUACUGGGGCCUCACCACCUGGACGAAUUCAUCCGUGUCUGGGCGGAGUAUGACCCCGCAGCCUGCGGCCGCAUCAAGUACCUCGAUAUGUACGAGAUGCUGCUGCACUUGUCCCCUCCCUUAGGUUUGGGAAAGAAAUGUCCGCCAAGAGUCGCCUACAAGCGGCUGGUGAAGAUGAACAUGCCCAUCGCAGACGACAACACGGUCCACUUCACCUCCACGCUCAUGGCCUUAAUCCGCACCGCCCUGGAGAUCAAGCUAGCUUCCGGGAUGGUGGCCCAGCGUCUGUCUGAUGCUGAUCUGAAGAAGGAGCUUUCCACUGUCUGGCCAAGCCUUUCCAAAAAGACCCUGGACCUGCUGGUGACGCCGCACAAACCCAACGAGCUGACAGUGGGGAAGGUGUAUGCAGCCCUGAUGAUCUUUGACUACUACAAACAGAAUCGAGCACGGAGACUGCAGCAGCUACAGCAGCAGCAGGCUGCCGGGGGGACACAGAGUAAGGUGGUUGGGGCCAUAUUCACUCCCAUGCUGCCCCUGGCACCUAUACAGGGUGAGGAGGUGGCCCUGAGCAACAAGACGUCACCGGCUGAUCCCUGUCCCCCGCCUGCCUCCAGCUCCCUUAACAACGGGGGUGCUGUUCAAGGCCAGCAGGGCAGCACCACCAAAGACUCCCGGGUCACCGACAAACCACAGGAAGUCCAUCGGCCAGGAACCAAACGGACAGUCCCACGGGGCCAAUCAGAGGACAUUCCCAAUUCAGCCAGAGCUCAGGAGCUGGAGAUGAAGAAGAUGCACCACAGUGCCAAUACAGGAAACCCCACGGGUCUGGAGAGCCAGGGAAGAGCAGCAUCCAUGCCCAGACUCAACACAGAGAUGCAGCCCAUCCCGGACUCCAGCCCGAUGAAGCGCUCCGUGUCCACCCUGGCCCCGCGGCGCCACCCGGAGGCCAGUCUGCAGGAGCACACCCCGGACCGGCCGGCCCAGGAGAGGCCUCACCAUCACCACCACCACCACCGCUGCCACCACCGCAGGGAGAAGGACAGGAAGCAGAGGUCACUGGACCGCUCGUCCAACGGACCGCCUUCCAGCGCUGCAGGGACCCCGGGUGACCCGACCGGAGACCCGAUACCUCGGGAACGGGUGCACGACCGCGGCCGCUCCCACGAGAGGAAGCACCACUCCUCAUCCGCGGAGAAGCAGCGGUACUACUCCUGCGACCGCUACGGCAGCCGGGAGCACUGCCACACCAAGUCCGCCACCGCCAGCCGCUCCACCUCCCCCAGCGAUGGCCAGGACCUGGGCCUCAACAAGCAGGGCAGUGGUUCCGCUAAAGGGAGCCCCGCGACCUUGUCCUCGGGUGGCAGCACCCCCUGCCGCGGGCGCAGGCAGCUGCCUCAGACCCCCCUUGUACCCCGCCCCGCUGUGGCCUACCGGACCGCUAACUCGUCCCCCGUGCAGUUUAGCCCCGCCCAGGGGGGCCCGCAGCACGCCCUGUGUCCAAUCCGGAUGAGCCGCGGCCGUUCGGAGCACAACGCCCUCCUGCGGGGCGACACGGACCCGCCCUCCCCCGUCACCCGCAUCGGCUCUGACCCCUCCCUGGGGUACAGUCUGUACUACGCCCUGCCCGAGGAGGCCGUUUUCCACGACGCCCUGAGCUUCCCCGCAGGACGCCCACCCCGGACCGUCACCACCCCCCACCUGCCCCCGCCGCCCCAGCAGAGCCGUGCAGUGCCCAACGGAUACCACUUCACCCUGGGCAUUGGCUCGGGCACCCGCGCGCCCAGGCACUACCAGGGCAUAGAGGAGGACGAUUGGUGCUAGCAUGGCUUUAACACAAUUACACACACACACCCACACCCACACACACACACACACACACACACUCACUGACGCUGCUUAUUCACACACACACACACACACACACACACGCACAUACACUCACUGACACUGCUUACUCACAUAAACACACACACACACACUCACUGACACUGCUUACUCACACACACACAUACACACAGAGACACACAAUGCAGGCACUGUACGUGCAUAAACAUGCAUACUGUACAUACACAUACACAUAUAUGAGAAAAUGCAAAGUUCUUAUACAUUUUUAAGAGUGCAUUUUUGGGGACAAAAAAAAACAGGAUGAGUUUUAUCAUCUACCUGAAAGUGGUAGUUUACGCUGUUUUUGUGGAUGUGUGUGUGCAUGCGUGCGUGUGUAUGUGUACGCACGUGUGUGCGUGCCUAUGCAUGUGUAUGUGCGUGUGUAUUCGCACGGGCAUGCACAUGUUUUAACUGAAGAGGCAAGGAAUGAAAAAUGUGAGUAUGUGAAAAGGAAACUGCUGUUUUGAAUUUUGGUUUUUGACCUGCAUUGCAGAAGUGAUUUAGAUUCUUUUUAAGCAAGGUUUGUCAGCAGGAAAAGCCUGCCAUGUCUCUCGUUUUGUGUUUUUUGGUUUUUUGGUUCUUUCUUUUUGCACUAAAGACAAGUGACAUUUAAGAGAGCUGGGAAAACAACACAGACAUGAAUAUAGCGAUGUAGUGUCUUAUACUCUGGCUGUGGCGAGUGGAACUGCUGUUGAAAUAUGCCAAAAUCUCUUCUCACAGUAUGUGGGGAAACAGUGACCCCUGCUGGAGGUCGUCCGUCCUGCACACUCGGGAUAUGAACGAAGCAGCCUACUUGACACACGAUGUCAUAUGAAGGGAAGAAGCAAGAGGUGCCCACAGUCGCUGUUUUUAUAUUUAACCUGUGACGAGGACUUUGUCUUUCCAAGGGGGCCUUCGAAUGCAGAUGAUUGUGAGACUGACGGAAAAUGCACUAAUCACUGCGUCCUCCAUUUCGCUCUGCUUUUUGCGUUUUACCAAGAGCUACCGCGUGUAAACCUCAGUACAACACGUUACAGUUAGGACGCAGGCGGAGACAUCUUUACUUUGGACAAAUUAUAUUUAAACUGUCGAUUGUUCAUUUUGCUGCUCUUUUUCAUGCCUAGCGAAACAUCAUCGCUGCUUGUGACCUUAAGAAGAAAGGACAAAGGGACGUGAAAUGUACUUGUUUUACUUUUUAUCAGGCUAAGGUAGUAGAACUCUUAUCUUUUCAUUGUGUGCAAUUUUGUAAAAAAAAAAAAAAAAAAAGAUAAAAGAAAAGAAAAGCUGCAUUUUAUGUAAAUUGCUUACAGUUCACUCUCAUGUCAGGUCUACUGUUUCCUACUGAUGGCUCCAGUUCUUUAUUACCAAGUGCCUAACCUUUGAAAUAUCUUGUAGUAAUGAUGCAACCUCAACCCUUUUUCCAUGCAUCAACACUUAAGAGAAGGAGGUGUGUAGACUGAUAUGUGUGAGACAUCUGUAUUAACCAUGUUAGAUAAUACAAGGUCUAAAGCUCCACGCAGAAAAGUAUAGAAUUUCACAUUUUUUAACAAGAGGACUUGGAAUUUCUUUUCAUAUGACUAUUUUAUUUUACCUUUUCCUGAUAAUGAAUGGGGAAAACACUCUCGUGCAAAAAAUAUAUAUAAAUAUAUAUAUAUAUAUAUGAAUAGUAAACAAUAUGAAAACUGCAUUAGUUGUAUAUCAGUCCAGCAGAGACUACGUAACCAGAGUAACACAAUUGCAUGUUUGAGUCUUUAAACUUGGUUGUCAAAAGGUUAUGAACACAUAGUAAUGGUGUAUAUUUAUUUUUUCUUGUAAGGGUACACGAGGAGAAGCAUUGCUAGCUAUUGCCUUUUAUGUAAAUGUUACGGAGGGUAAAGGAUUUGAUGUUUAAAAGUAUGCAUUUUUGAUAGGUGUGCACUUUGCAAUGAAAGUGUGCACUGUCAGGUAAAAGGGUGCACUUUUCUGUAGCAGUGUGCACGUUGUAGUACAGAUGUGUCCAUUGCAGUAAAAGUGUGCGCUGUGAGGUAAAAAAUGCACUUUUCUUGUAAAAGUGGGGAUUUUGCAGUGAAAAUGUACACUUUGGGGUAGCUGUGUACCUUUUGCUAAGAGCGUAUGGAGAAGCAGAGAAAGACACAGAGCCCUGGUGGAAGUCUGUGUUGCCCAUGGCACCGACUUGCGUAUAUGUAUCCUUUGUGUUCUGGUGGAAGCUUCCCAAGCCCUGCCCCCUGCAUUACACACAGGUUUAUUUUCCACCUAUGGGAAAGGAGGGUCCUGCCUCUAACUACUGUCAUGUUUACAGAAAAAUGGUCAGCACUUUAUUACACCUGGAACCUGAGAUACGUUUAUAUGUUGACCAUUAAAAUGCUAAGAAUUUUACACAGCGGUGUCCUGUUAAGCACCUGCCUUUUAAAAGAAUAGUCUGCUUCAGAUGGAAUAUGGAUCAUGGUAGCCUCACUGAGCCAGUCUUGUGGCAUGUCCAAAUGUGUCUGUGCUCUGGGGGUGAGUGAUCGGAUCAUAUUGUGUUCUUUCCACAACUCCUGUUUUUUCCUUCUACAUUUUUACAAAUAACCGCAUGGCACCAACAGCUUUUCAAAUUCGACAGUUCAAGUCCCUGCCAAUCAUUGAUUCUAGUCCUUUUACCUUUCUCUCCAUAAAAGGCAGAGCGUUGCUAUUGGACCUGGGGAAAAGGGGUGGAGCUAGGUGAUGUCAUGACAUCACCACAGGCUUGUCAGGGCUCUGUAUGUCUAGUAGGGUUUUUUGACUAUUGCGAGAGCAGGGCUAUGCAACAAGACGACACUUUUGAAAAAUAAAUCUUCAUCCUUUCUGUAGCUUUACCCACUGGGAUCUCCAGAUUCAGGCUUCAGCAUGAUUGUGACCAAAUCUUUUAUAUAAAAAAAAUCUGAAAAAUAAAAAUAUUUCAAAAAAUAUAUAUUUUAAAAAAUGCAUAAAGGCACAAUGAAUUAAAGAAAAAAAAACUAUUAAAAAUUAGCAGGACAUUUGAGGAAAAGUUAUGCAAGUUGGUAUAUUUGAAAACUGCAUGCCACAGAUAUACCUGCUUUACAACUUUAAAGGGUCAAAGGAAAAGGUGAAUUUUGCAGAAUGUGCCCAGUUUGGGGUUAUAUGGCGGUUCAGAAGAUGUGCAUUAGUAAUUGGAUUACAGAUGUGUAGCGCCUUUUGGUUUGGUUAGAAAACUGACUCAAUAUCUUUUAAAUAUUUUUUUUACCCAAACACUACUGCCCCAUGUUGCGGGUGCAGGGCAGAGAUCAGUACGUUCCAGUUUAUGUGAUGUAAUUCUUCAUCCAUGCAGUCUCUGUAUUUAUUUCUUUUUUUAAGAUUUCCUCCCCAGAAUCCUUCAGUCAGUUGCCAAACGUUGAACUUCUACAGUCUGUUUCUGCACACCAGUUCCAGUUUAGAUGUGGCCGUACAUGAAAAAAAGUAAUGUUUGCAUGUUAAAAAUGUAUGUGCAUGUAAAAAGAAAUAUUGUUUAUCUUCGUACUUUUUUGAUACAAUGUAACCAUUUUGUUGUUCAUUUUUAAUAUUUGAUAUGAAUAAGGGGGUUUGUGGAAAAAACUUUAUAUUAAAAAACAGUGUUUGGCGAUAUUACAGGUUCCACGUUUGCAACAGAGCUGGAACUGAACUUAUUUGGGUCCUGGGAGUCGUUUGCUGCCUGAUUUCGGUUUAUUGGUCAGACUUUGAAUUCUGCAGUUGUUUCUACAGUUAAAAUUUUGUAUGAAGCGAAGUCCUUGAACUAAAAUAAAAACAUAAAAGAGAA